AUGUUUCUUGGCUCGUUUUUCUUGUCAUCCUUGCUGAACAAGGAGAUCAAAUAUAAUAGUGCUAACUAUGAUUUUUCAAAUAAUAUACUCCAUAUAUUUGGAGAUGGCUCAGUUGAUGCUGAAGCAACAAAAGAAUAUAAAUCUAAAACAAACGAGGUAUAUAUCAAUGAGUCAGUAGAGGAAAUUGGCGAUUCAGCAUUCAAAGACUUCGUCAACCUUCAGAAAGUUGAAAUAACUUCAACAAUGAAAAUAAUUAAUUCUUAUGCGUUUUCUGGAUGCAAUAAUUUAGUAACUAUUACAAUUCCAGAUACAGUUACUGAAUUUGGUGAUAGCAUUCUUGAAUGA